AUGCUGGGCCUUCACAGAGCCGACGCGGCACUUCGUGCGCUCAUCAAUGACCCAGACCGCCUCGACAGCGAACGCGACGCCCGCUUCGACCAGUCGCCGCCGCCCUACCAGGAGCGCGAAUCGCUCCCGUCGACACUCCCCCCUGAGUCACCUCCCGAGGAGGACGAACAGCACAAACGAAUCAGUGACUGGUUUAUGCGCAUUUUGAGGGGGUGGGGGGCGUCGAUGCCCACCAACCAGUUUCGGCAUGAGGUCCAAGCAGAACGCAGAAAACUUAUGGAGCCAGGAGACGAUGUGCACCUCUACUGGGACACGUCGAAUGUGGCCCGGGAGACAGUAAAGGCGCGGUGGCAGGCCUGGGGCAUAUGGGAGCCUCACUGGGAGGCCGAGCCGCACGGUCAUUGGCGACACCAAACGCCGCUCUCGCCCGAGCCGCUCACCGAUGUAGACACGGACGACGAGGACCACGAAGACGUCUACUACAGAGAAGCGACGAGGAGCAACCUGUUUGCCAUCAAGAAGAUGCCAUCGCGGGUGCGCACCGGGUACGAACAGGAGGUGGCGGAAUUGCGGCAGAGAGCGCGUAUGGCCGAGCGACGCUACGAGCACGACCGCACCAGGCCCUUGCACGUAUUCGUCUGCCAUGUCGCGUACGAGGGCGAACGACUUUUCGACAGCGAGCAACAGCCAGAGCAAGAGCAAGAGCAAGAGCAAGCCGGGCGACCGGACGACACCCGCGUGGCCGUCGACAUCCACACAGCCGCCUACCAGACGGUCAAAGCCCAGUGGUCGGAGCGUGGCAUCUGGAAUGACCAAUGGGGCGUCCUGCCCGGCAUGACAUGGAAACACGAGGCGUCGCUACAGUCGGUCGUCUCCGACGAAAUGGGCGACGCCGACAUGGCUCAGCUCGAGCGCAACUUGUUCGACUACAUGAUGGAUUGCAAGCCAAAUCGCCCGCCGCCCCAGGCGAACCGAGGACGCCUUCGUCGGCGACGUCGGCGGGUCGUUGUGGAGGAGAAGGCGGUGGUGGAGCAAAAGCCGCUGGUCUUUAUACCCGAUGAACGGUUUCCGAAUAUCUUUGGUCCCCGUUUUGCUGCACCUCCUCCCGCAGUGCAAGCCACCGAGGACAUAGAGGACCCAGAGGACGCCGAUGACGCCGACGACGAGAUCGGCGAGCCACUGACAGCGGCGGGCAAGCGGACAAGUCGGAUAGCCGGCCGGCAGGCCAGGACCCAGGCCAGCAGACAGGCCAACGGGCAGAUGGCCGAGGGACCAACUGCUGAUGAGCAGACAGCCGACGGGCAGACAGCCGACAACGCCGCUGCGGGUCCCGCCGGUACUGGCCCACCACCAAGGGCGCUGCGGCGGCGGAGCAGCCGUAUUAGGGAAAAGGAGCCAGCGGCAGCAGCUGUGACGACUGACACGCCCGGCACACGCAAGCGGAAACGGGAUGUGGCAGAUUCGGUGCCGCCAGGAGAAACAGCGACAAAGAAGAGAGCGGCAGGUGGCAAAAGGGGAAACAAGGGAAACAAAGGGAAGAAGGGAAAGAAGGGCCGAAAGGGGGGCUUGUAA